GCCGGAAGCUCAAAACGAGACCGUAAGACGGGACCUACUCCCCGCGUUGGACUUCGUCACGCCUCUCCCAGAUCCACGGUGACGGGCUCCAAAUAAAAAAGCCUUGAGGAAGAGGGAGGCCGAAAAGCGAAGCCAGCAUCGACGCUUUCUUUUCUUUUGUUUGUUUUCGCGCGUGUGUGCGUGUGUGAGGCGGCUGUCUUUUGCUUCCGUAGAGUUUCGUCUUCAGCGGCAGUGUUUUUUCCCGCCCUCGAUCCCGCCGCCGCCGCUUGCGCCGCCACAGCAAAGUUUAGGGGCGAGCAGCGAGCGCAAGUUGUGGUGGUUGUUUCGGCUUGGUUUGGUUUGGUUUUCUUCUCUCUCUCUCUCUCUUUCUCCUUCCUUCGAGCGUAUUCGCUGCUGUAUGUGCACACCUCGGCUUUCUUCUAUGCUUCUUCCUGUUCUGGAAUACUCUUAUUCCUCCGACAAAGCUUCUGUGGCUGGUUUUUUUUUUUUUGGGGGGGGGCGGGUGUUUGCAUUAUUUAUUAUUAUUUUUAUUUUACUGUUUCCUGUUGCGGUGGAGCGGCGCAUACACACAGACAUUUAAUGUGUAUGCGUAUUUGUGUACGUGUAGGAGCAACAUGUGCCGCCACAUCUAAACAUCUACCUCGCAUUUCACUCUCUUCUUGGCACCCUUCAUCCGCUGUUGUGCGUCGUCCUCGUGUCUCUGUCAGUCGGAUUCUCCCAUCUUUGACAUCAGGCUGCUUCGCUUUUAUUGCUAUUAUUAUUAUUACUUGCGCAUUUAUUUACAUGUGUGUGUGGGUGUGUGUGUGGGUGUUUGUUCCCUCUUGAGUUUCAGCAAAGUGAAGUCGCCGCUGUGUACGACGGCGUAAUUGGAGGCAACAGGGUGCGUCACGCCUUCAACAGAAAACUGCCAAGAAGAAAAAAAGAGUGUUUAUUGGCAAUUUGAUGGUGUUGGCCGGUGACUCCGCCUUUGUCCUCUUCACGGUUGUAGGCGUACCGCUGGUAUCGCAAACUCUGUUUCUUCGGGUUUCGUUUUUGUCUUUUACAAUCUUCUUUUUAUUACUAUUAUUAUCAUUAUUUUUUGAAACGAAGAAGGAAGAGGAGGGGCAAUAAUGUUUUUCGAUCUGCUCGACAUGACGCUGUCGUACAUCCAGUACCUCGCCCUCCUUCUUCGACUGGACCCCUCCACUGUCCCCAACUUCUACACGAAGCCCUUCAAGGUUCUGCGGUACGCCGCCCUCGACGUCUUCUCGGAUGUCAACGAGGGGCAGCGCUACCACAAUUAUCUGCGCGUGAGCCUGCCGGCGUGGCUGCCGCUGGACAUCCGGCUGCAGUAUGUCUGCGUCGCCGUCAUCGGCCCCAUGGUGGUCUCCACCUUCGGCAUGCUGUUCGUCUACGGCAAGCUCGCCUACAUUUGGUUUGUCUGCGUGCUCGCCACCCUCUUCAUGUUCCUGUAUGGGUUUAUUCUCCUGGCGAACCAGAGCAGCUUUGCUGUGCCCGGCGCGGUGCUGCCGGCGCGCAGCUCCCUCGGCGUACUCGGUGGUGUCGGGCUGCCGUGCUUUCUGUGCCUGCUCGCCGGCGGACUCCUGGGGAUGGGCCGAGCCCGUCUGCAGCUGCUGCGGCAGGAUGCGAUUGAAAUGGAGCGCAUGGUGGAGGAAGAGCGCCAGCGACGGCGUGGCCAGCGCGUGACACAGCAGAUGGUGGACCGCGAGGGGAUCGAUUUGGUGGCCGUGGCUGCCGAGCAGGUGCACGCCCAACGCGACAAGGACGCCAUGGAACACAUCGACUGGGGUGACGUGGUGCUGCAGGGCCUGUUUGUGGUGGUGCUCUUCAUUGGCAGUUUAGUUCUGCUGAACGCCAUCAAGAUCCCCGCCAUCGCGGACAUCCAAUCCAGCGCGGUGUUUACGGCGCUGGGUGCGGUGGGGAUGGUCGUGUGGGGCUGCGUCGCGUUCUGGUGGGUGCUGGACUUCUUCAAGAAAGGCCGGCAACUGCAGUUCGCCAUCAGCGACUUCGUCAGUCGGCGCUGCUUAGGUCUUAUCGUGACGGUGUGCAACCUCCUUUACAUCAACGUGGUCAUCAACUUCAUCUCCAUUGUGUACUGCGUGACGCUGACGUGCGCCGCGGGCACCCGCACGCCGUUCUCCGCCUCCCUCUUCCCUGCCAUGACAGGCACAGCCGGCGCGCCCGCGGAUGUGCUGGCCGGUUCAACGGUGGGCUGUCUUGCCUGCAACUACCACGCCCACCCGCAGCGGUGCUCGGCCGACUGGCAACAGCAGCUCUGCUCCUCCGCCGUCCAGCAGCGACGCCUCGUCUACGACCUGCGUGUGCCGUACGCCGACAUCGACGCGCUGUACAAGGUCAGCGGCAGCCUCAUCUUCGCGGUGUACCUCCUCUUUGUCCCCUACCUGCAGUUCUACAUGGCGCAGUACACGGUGCGGGUGCUGAAAGAGUCCUUCCCGCUGGAGCGACGCUACUACGACGUCUUCACACCGGAUGAGAUUUACUUCCAGAAGGUGCUCGUGUCGCAGAACAACGCCGCCUUUGCCUAUCGCGCGUACAAGCCGCAGUUUCGCUUCUACCGCCUGUCCUUCCUACUGCAGAAGGUGAUUUUAGGUGUGGUGGGGUGCGUGAUGCGGAAGGGCCUGAAUCACGACGUGGCAUGGGCCGGCAUGGUCUUCUUUAUCGUGGUGCCGCUCAUUGCCCUCAGCUGCGCCCUGUACCUGCGGCCCUUCUCGCGACAGGUCGAGGCCUACUACUUCAUCGCCGUGCAGGCGAUGGUGAGCCUGUGUGCGAUUGUCUGCCUCGCCGCCCAGCAGAUUCGCGAGACCGGCAUGCCAUCGGCGGUGUGGAUUGUGUUGCUGGUGCUGCUGAUCCUGGUGCCGGUGUGUGUGUUGGUUGUCGGCAACGCGAUGACGCUGCGCGAGGAGCGGCGCUGGACGGAGUUGUGGCAGCGGCGUCUAGUGGAAGGCGUGACGGCGGCCUACGACGAUGACGGUGACACGACCCACCGGCUGAACCCACUGCGCGGUCCACCGCAGCCAAACACAGACGCGUGUGCGACGGACUGUACGCAGCGUAGCGGCACACGACGCGACGACAAGGGCGAGAACAGCAGCAGCAGCAGCAGCAGCAGUCGAAGCAGAACUAGUAGCUCCAGCUGCUCUGACUCUAGCACGAGCAGCAGCAACAGCGGCGAAGUGGGCAAUGAAGGCGGCGGGGUGCAGCUGUCCGCACGAGAGCGAGAAGCACACGGUCAACGAGAGGAGGGCGAGGACGUCGCAGCUAAUGCGACACCGCCAAAGGCGUUCAUCUGUCCCCUCACCCCGUCAUAUGAGACGACAUCCGCGCCCGCCAGUGCAUCAUCGCCACCGUCGCCUUCGCGCCACAGGGGCCCGUCAUCGGCACUGAGUGACAGCCCCUCGACGCCUCGCACCGCAGCGCCGAUGGCAAUUUCGAGGUUACGGCUGCUGCGUGCCCUGCCGGGGCUCCUCCAAACGGACUCGUGGGUCGACUGGCUGAAGACGGUGCUCGAGCUUGCUAGGCGCACCGUCGCCGCGCCCUUCUCGCACUCUCACCAGCGAGGCGAAGUUGAGGACUCGCCUUGCGCCGGCGUGCCCUCGCAGGGGCAGAGUGCAGCGGCCCAAGACAACAACGGCGCCGCCGCCCGCACGGGCAACACGCACAGCAGCACAAACGAGAAGGAGACUUGCGGGCAGCGAGGGACCAAGGCGAAGUACAGCGGCUCGAGUGACGAGAGCGGAUUCGUGGAGGAGUGCCGGGAGAUGCGGCUUCGACACCGCAAUGGGCAUCGCGUGCGUGGUGCGGCCGACCGUCGCAGCCCGGCAGAGACGGCGGAGAUGGAAAGCGCUCGGCUGCUCACCGGCGCGUGCAGCGGGGGCAACAGCCCGCAUUCCGCGUCCGACGCUGGAGACAUCGUGCCGACCUCUCAGCAGCCGCGACGUCGCCACCCCUCCUCCUCCCUCCCGUCCGCGUCGCUCUCCCUCUCUCAGCUGUACAAUUGCCUGCCCGUUGCGCGGCCGCCGAGCGGGGCGCGGCCGCACAGCCGUCGAGUGUCGACGUCGCUGUCGCCCGGCAACUCAAUGCUUAGCUCGACGCUUCGCCGUCUCGACCGCGGCAACACUCCCACCCUGACCACCCCACCUGCGUGUGUUCGUGUGCGAAGUGCGCGAGAGCUGACGUCCCCACAGCACCAAGGGCAGCAGCAGCAGCAGCAGCAGCGCGGGGACCCGUUGCACGAUGCCUCGGAUACGAAUAGAGGAGGUCCUCCCCCCGCGAGCAGGGAGGCCUGCGCGAAUGCGAGUUCACCCACACACGCAGGUGCGUCCAAUGCAGCGCCAGCCGAAGCCGCUGCCUCGGCGGGCGCCGGCGAGUACGCCGAUGACGCGACCACAACGUUCAUUCCCGCCCUCUACUUUUCUGAACGGGCACGCGGGCGGCAGCAGCGGCUGCAGCACACAGACACCCAUCCCCGCCAAGGCAGCGCCAGUCUCACCAGCACCAGCGGGCACGUGCAUCGUGGAACGAGGGGCAACCCACUUACUCGACGGAAGCGUUCCUCUGCAUCCACCACGCAGGAGCUGGGGGUAGUGCGUCUGCCGUGGCAACGGCAGGAAGAGGACGCCCCGCCUCCGCAGCCGAUAGGCAGCGCUCUCUCCACUCAGAGUGCCGGGUGUGGCGCGUCACCGCCCCAGGCGGAGACCCCAGAGGACGGUGCAGCGUCGCGCCUCGUGUCGACAAGCGGCAACGACGUUGCUGUCAUGAGCGCGGUGGCCUCCGCCUCCAUCUCGUCCUCGGUGCGAUCUGCGUGGCGGGCCGCGUGGAAGUGGAUCCUCAGCGCAGACGACGAUGCAGCGCGGCGACGACGCAACGUGCUGUGCUUCGCGGAUGUCUACGUGCGUCGACAGCUGUGCGGGCAGGCGACGGCGGCGGCACAGCGGGAGCAGGGAAACGCCGGCGGCAUCGCCGGCGAUGACACGCCCGCCCUGACCGCCGCGCAGCUGCGUCACUGUGCGCGGAGGGCUUUCUGGGGCUGUCCGACGGAUGCCAUGCUGGGCGUGGUGGAGGUGCCAGGGAGCAUGCCGCCGUGGGGACUGUACUGUCAUGCGCCAGUGCCGAGUUCAUCCGUCCACGCAGCCACCGCCGCCGAAGGCGAGCAAACUCGCCUGCCGUCGCAUCGAUCGAUGUUCUCCCUGCAGCGGCAGUACUACGCCCAGCUCGCCGAAGAGCAGCAGCAGCAACAGGCAGCGGGCCAGCGUGGGUCGCCCGUGCCCGACGGUAAUACGGACGGCACCUCCCUCACCAACUCGCCGGCGUACACGUCGCUCUCCCAAUCCACGAGCUUUCGUCUCGCGCAGCCGAUGCACCCGUUGCGCGCCGCAGCCUACGAGCGCCAAUUCGCAGCGGCGCGGGCCUACCGCCGCGAGCGGGCCGACAGUUUGCUGCCGCUGGACACGGAGCUGGACACCUACGCGAACGCACUCAGCGAUGACGACGACGAUGAGAAGGGGAAGGAGAACGAUGGCAACGCCGACGAGCGGAGUAGCGGUGGUGGUGUCGCAGGACUGCGAAAUACAUCGGGCACCCUUCAUUGGCUGCAGCGGUGGGGUCCAGUGCUGACGGAGUUGCUGUACGAAGCAGCGACGGAUGACCAACAGUGGGCUAUGUCUCCGCGAGCAGCUGCACAGCUUCGGGACAGCGCCAGCGACGACGAGGGCCGCCAAUCUCCCGCUCACUCCUCCUCUUCUCUGUCACCGCGAUCAUCAUUAUCAUCUCCGCCGUUAUCAUCAUUGCCGUCCUCCGCCGGCUCUUCUCGCCAUCGUCACCGUCACGGCACGAGCAAAGCAACGAAGAAGCCGCCGUCGUGGCUGCGGUGGCUCCCGGUCGUGCGGUGGAUUCCGGCGAAGAAGAAGAAAAGGGUAAGGAAGACGCAGCAGCCCGGUGGCCGUUUCGUAAACGACAACGACGAGGAGGCAGCGGCGGCAGCUCCGUCGAUGCCCGAUUUCACGUCAGACUCUCCGCUAUCGCACGUGGCACGGACGCUCAGCAAACGAGGGGAGACGAGUUGCGGUGUGUCGUCGUCCGCUGCUGCCCCGUCGCUCCGCCGCGGUGACUCGCUCCACUCGCUGCGUCGACACCAAUCCACGCUGCUCACGCUUAUCACCGGCACGCAGACCACACGUGCGCCGUCGGUGCGGAGUGAGGAUGAGGUGACAGCGUUGUUGGCAGACCCACCUCGUUUUGAUGGCAAGGAGGGGAGUGACACCGCCAGCCUGCACAACAAUCGGGAGAGGUCCGUCGUGGAUCGCCGUGUCGCACCGGUCGAUUCGCUGGAUGCACUGUCGCUGGCUCCCGCCUUGUCGGACCACUGGAUUGACUCCAGCAUGGAACAGCCGCCGGACCCGCUCAUUCAGCAGCUGCGCUGCCUGCACCUCGUGCGUCAGCGACUGAAGGAGUCGUACUGGGAACACCGAAAUCAGCUGACGGCGGUGCAGGACUACAUCGACUACGAAAUCAACGAAACAAUGCAGCGCGUGUUGACGUUCCUAUUCAUCGUGGUCGGCACCGUCGCGACCGUCUCCUUCGCCCUCGCCAUUUUAGGAAUGAUGCACACGCUGGACUGGCGCUUCAUCAACGGCGUGCGGCGGACCGAGGAGGACGUGCGAUACGAGCUGGCCGGCUACACCAGCUGGGCGAACUUCACGGAGCACUGCUGCUGCGUCGCCGCCACCGAUGUCGAGGCGCAGUACCCCUUCUUCGCCUUGGAUGUAGAGAACUGGAUCUGCGCGAAUGGCGUGACGAAGGAGCGGGUUCGGCGCGACGGCUACGACGGUGUGGUGGAAGACGGCUACGCGGUGCGGGCCCUGUGUGGGAUGGAGUUCGAGAACGGGUGUAGCGUGACGGUGGACAGCGCGGCGCAGACGGCAACGCUGACGGGGUGUAGCGCGACGGCGGUGACUGCGGCCGCCAUGCAGCGGUGGUGA